AUGUCAAAGAAGCAUUUAGGACUACAAGAGUUUUCUGGGUUUUUUUUUAAAUCUGAUAAUAUUAAAGAACAUGAAAAUGUUAUAAACUUAACUACUGCCCAUAUCCACACCUCUCUAGUCUCACCUGCCACAGCAGAAUGGUCAGUCUCCCAGCGGUGUCUGGGUAGGGUCAGCGUGAGGCCUCGGGCUCCAGGGACAGCGGAGGCAGCUGCUGCCGGCUGGGCUGGGGACCUGGGACUCGAGAGUCCACACCACCCACGCAGUGGGCACCUCGGGGUGAAGCUGAGGCUCAGGGAGGCUCCGCUGAGCACCUGGGGCCCCCGCCACACACAGACCUUGUUCCUGGUGCACCUCACUUCGCAGCUGCUCGGGGCUGUUCGGGUAGGCUGCAGUGGGUCCUGGCCUGUCUCAGGGGUGCUGGUCAGGCAUGCCUGCAGGCCUCGCUACAGCACGCAACCAACAGGCCCAAGUGGCGUUGCCUCCCUCCCUGGCAGGCGGGUCCAUCUGGAGCUUGAGGAAAUGCUGCUCUUCAGGAAGAUAUCCAUCAGCCCCCUGGAGAGCUGGCUGACCUGGAGAACUGGCUACCUCCUGCCCAGACUGGACGCUGGGGUCCCAGGGACUGUUGUCCAGCCCAACUCUGAGUGUCUGCCCAACCAGGUGGGGGAAGGGGUUGAGCAGUGGGGUAAGGAGGUCUGGGAUGCACCCCAGAUGCAGUGCAAGAACACACUCAAGAUCUGCUGGCACAAGAUGAAUCAUCUCAAGUACCACAAGCUGGUCAAGAGGACCCAGUACCUACUGGGGAAAGUCAAGGAAGGACGCCUGAAAUGGCAGCAAAUCAAGUUCAAGAGAGACCUGAAGCACAUCUGGUGGAAGGCAGGCCUGAAGGAAACCCCCACAGGGUGGCAGACCCCCAAGAUCUACCUGAGGGCCGGCAGCCGCGCCGCCGCCUCUCAGCGCCUCGGCCUCUCUCCCGGCUCCGCCGGCCGCCGUCCGCGACCCCUCUUGAGCGCCGCGCUCACUCAGGAGCUCGGGGCCGCCUCAGACGCUGACCCACUCCACCCGCGCCGCCGCGGUUUCAACUACCACCCAACCCCUACUGUGCCCGCUGCCGGCUCCUCCCGGGUCCGGCCCGGCCGCGUCAGGAAGGCUCAAGGCGCAGGCGCGGCAGGGUCUUAA